AUGGUUUCGGAAUUGGGCGGCUCUUCUAAUCGACGGGAGGAGGAGAAAGAACGACUUCAUGAAGAAAUCAGCGCCCAAGAGCGUGAGAUCUACGAUCGUCAGAUUCGACUCUGGGGUAUGGAGGCGCAGAAUAAGCUGCGAAAUGCUUCCGUGCUGGUCAUCGGCCUUUCUGGGCUCGGCGCCGAGAUUGUCAAAAAUUUGAUGCUCGCAGGUCUGAACGCCUUGACGAUCAUGGACGACAAAAAGGCCACCGCCGAUGACAAGAAGGCCAACUUCUUGCUGCCGGAUGCUGACUACGCCGGACAAAACCGAGCCAUGGCCAGUGCGGAACGUGCGUCGGCGCUGAACCCAAUGGUGAAGCUGAAUGCGAUCCCCGAGGGAGUGCAGCAGCACGGCAAAGAGACAUGGAAGCAGUACAGCCUGGUCAUCUUGUGCGACCAGGGCUUCGAAGAGAGCUGCCGUGUUGAUGAGGAAUGCCGUGACCUCGGUGUCAGAUUCAUGUGUGGCGCUGUGUUCGGCGGGGCUGGCUAUUCGUUUUUCGACUUCAAUGGCCACGAUUUUCUUGUACAAAUCAAAAACAUCCCGUAUGACGAUUUGGAGGGCGAUGACGGGAAUAAAAUCGACGACGAGAUGACCACCAUUGAAGAGGAUCGAUUCGAGAAAAAGAAAUUCUCGUACGCGCCGUUGCGUGACGCAUUUUCUGUCGACUGGACAGCGAAGAAGUACAUCCGCAAAGUCUCGCGAUAUCUACCCCAAAUGUACUACCCGAUCAAAGCUUGCAUUGCCCAAUUGGGUAAGGGUGACUUCACGGACGCGGCUCAGUUCAAAGACUCUUGGUUGAGGGAAGUCGAGGCUGCCGGUCAGAGCGCUUCUCGCUUCACCUAUGAAGAUGACGAUUUCGAGACGUUCUUUGGCGCCCAGAUGUCGCCGGUAUGUGCGAUCGUCGGCGGAAUUAUGGGCCAAGAAACUAUCAAGGCAAUUGCCGAGGAUCAACAUCCGCUUCGGAACCUCUUCACAUACACGAUGGUGGAUACCGUUGGAAUGGUCACGCUUCUGCCGCCCGCA